AUGCCCGCUGGGACAAGCGCUGAUACUCUAAGCACGGAUGAUAAUGAAACCGGGCUGGCGGUCACAUCUACAAUUACUUCUUAUUCACUGCAGCCUGACAAUACCAGCAGACCGGAAUUUGCAAUACAAUUAGCAAGUUCCAGUCACAGUAACGUCGAAGGAAGCCUGGAAGAGGCCGAUGAUGAUGAUGAGCCUCCAAAAUCUGUUAUACAUGCACCCCCUGGCUUCAAUGACUUUAUUAUAUAUUCGCAACAAACAUCUCGAUCAGAUGCUUUGGCGCAUUCCGAGAGGGAAAGACACCAUCAUAUUCCCCCAACUAUUUUCGACGGAACAGAAAAGAAUAUUUCUAACGAUCCAUCAUCGCCGUCACCAUUGACUACUGCGAUUGAGUCUACGAAAGACUGGUUCGAGCAAGCGACUCCCCGAGCGCAGACAAUGCGAGACUUCGACGAAAAAUCGCACUCGGGCAAUCUUGAGGAUAUACUAGAAGGGGCUGGUCCCAAGAAGGCCGGCCUGCAAGUGGGUGAGACAGGAACAUUCAACCUGACGAUUGAGCACUUCUCUGACGGAGAAACCGAACUGAAGACAUUGAAGAUUGCCUUGGCUGAAUGUUGGUCUCUUUGCAAUACUUUAGCCAGCUUGAGCUAUAUUCACCGACAGCGGUCCAAUAUCGGGGCUGACAUGCAAGAAGAGGCUUGGAAAUCAUGCUGGCGGCUAUGCCAGGAACUUUACACCUGCCAAAACAAAAACUACACAUAUCAAAUCAGCCCUACACUUGAUCUCUGCCAAAAAUUUUGUCAAACACUGUUUGACAAUCGAGUUCAUGAGAAUGAACUAACGGAUUCGGUCCUUCGCGUCAGCUUUGAACUCAACAACCACCUCUAUAACACGCACGAUCGAGAUCUGCCCGAUGCGUUUAGGGAGAGGACAUUAGAUUUCUAUAUUACACUGUGUCAUCGUCUCAUGAAGCAAAGAGCUCUGGUGACGGAAAUGGACUCUUUGUUAAGCGCAUGCUGGUCACUGGCGGAGAUGUUGUUCAGCAUACGUCAGAGUAAGAAAGAGGGAGGUCGUUUGAGCGAAGAAUUACUCGGUUCUGCUGUUCAGGCUUGCUGGGAACUUUGCGAUAUAUUUCGGGAAGGGUGGACGACGCAACGGAGCCUUCGCGAUUCUGAUCGUGGGACGCCGCGGCCGAGCCAAGCGAUAUUUAAUCAGAUUGAGCAGACCAGCCAACCCCGGCACAGCCUCAGAGGCGAGUUGCAUGAACCAAAUCGGCAGCCUGAAACGCCAACAACUAUCUUUGAGGACGCAACCGCCAUUUCUCCUGACGAAGAGCCAAUUCCAAACAUCUUCAUUUUAAGUCAGGGAUCGCCAGCCCACAACUCCCAUGUGAAAUGUUCGUCCAAUUCGUCCAAUACAUCGACGCAAACCCACUCUUUUGAACAUAUAUCUUCGACAAACACGGUGACAAUUUCGACUAAUGAUCCAAAUGUAUCAUGCCUCAGGAUCUUAGUGACAAAGGCCGCAACGAACAGCGGUUACCAACGCAACGGACCACAGAGUCUAUCAUCCUUUGUAAAAUCUCUUUCAUCGGAUGCAUUCGGCUCGUUGCCUUGGCAAAUAUCCCUUCUUGCAAAUUACAAAAGACUCGUUGGAUUUGACCCUGUGUUCCAAAAUGCUGGCCCACAGGCUCAGGCGAGUGCAUUGGAUAUAUCAAGUGCCGUCCAAGAAAUGAUGCAACGUGGAAAAUUACCCUGGCUAUGCGACCUUUAUCGCCUUGUGUUUGGGUUCCAUGUAGAAGAAGCAAUAAACUGGAAGGGCCCAGUGCUUCAAACGUAA